AUCGUCGAAGAGAGGAUAAAUUCAGGUCACACGAGCUAACGAAAGGUAUACUCUAAGUUCCUUCCAAUCACAAUUCCCGCACCCCUCCAACAGAGACGUUACGUAGUACUAGUGCGUCAUGUCGUCCGACCGCAUCGAGUUCAAACGUCUGGUAAAAGACGUCGUUGAGUCGUCCAAAGGGCCCAAACACAGCGAUACAGUUGGAUUGCUCCAGAAGUUGAGGGGGCAUGGAGUGACUGAGGAUUUGCUCAAGGAGACGAAAGCCGGGUUGGCGGUUGGCAAGCUCCGCUCGCACGCGAAUGCCCAAGUUGCAGAAACGGCAAAGGAAGUCGUCAGGCGCUGGAAAGCAGAAGUCGAAGGCCAAAAAAGUGAGAAAAAGGCGGGCAGUUCCUCUCCUUCAGGAGGGGCGAAGAAGGUUAAUCCGAAACCGAUCCAAACUUCCGUCCCUGGGUCCACAUCCUCCAAGUCCCCCGCUCCUGCUACCGCAGGCCCACACACACCUCUCUCCCCCUCCCUUGUUCGGACGACAGCGACCGACGGUGUGAAGCUAAACGACUCUGGAGAUGAGAAACGCGAUACGUGUAUGCGGUUGUUAUAUGACGCUCUGGCGAGUGAUAGUACUGCGCCAUCAGACCAAAUCGCCAAGAUCGCACGUAAGAUCGAGGAGCAAGUCCUUUCUCUCAACAAAAACAACUCGGGCAACCCAUACCGGACAAAGAUCCGCUCUCUGUACCUCAACUUGAAGGAGAAGUCUAACCCUGGGCUGAGGGAGGCCGUCGUCAGUGGAGAACUGAGCGUGCCUAGGCUGUGUACUAUGAGUGUGCAGGAAAUGGCCUCCGAAGAAAGACAAGCCGAAUCCAAGCGUAUCGAAGAACAAAACCUAUUCAAAGCAAAGGGUGCCGAAGAAGCAGGCGCAGAAACAGACGCAUUCAAGUGCUUCCGCUGUGGCCUGCGCAAGACGCGCUACACACAGGCGCAGACGAGGAGUGCGGACGAACCGAUGACGACGUUUGUCACUUGUGUGAAUUGUGGUAAUCGGUGGAAGUUCUCUUAGGCACCCCGCUCGGGGGGGGGGAGUUGAGCAGAGGCGGGGGCGUUGAGCGGAUGGCGAGGGCGAAUGCGAAUGCGAUACAUAUUCAUUCAUAUGGUACGGGCAUGGAAAGAGCUGUACGCGUUUUGGUAGUCUUUGGUAGUCUCUUGGGCAGUAGGUCAGUGGGUUUUGACCUCUGAGUGUAGUGGACGUUCGAGCAGAAGCAGA